AUGAGCAGCCGCCAGCCCAAGGUCUCAUCGUCCGAGCUCAAGCUCCGCAGACUGAAUGAGCAUAACCAACGCUUGCGGGAGGACCUCGCGCGGCCGCGGAUACGGGUGAGCGAAGCCAGUGUGAGCUUGAUACGCUACUGCAAAACAACCAAGGACUACCUUAGCUUCCGACGAUCGACCCACGUAGCAGACAAGGAUCGCCCUGCAUUGCUUAUGGGUGUUUCUUGUUCACAUCUAGAGUGUCCUUUAGUGGCCCUUGUCCUUGGACUGCGUGGUAACAAGAGGGUGCCAUCCGUGUGGGGAACAGUGAGUAAAGCCGAGGACCCGUUCGGUGCCGCACCACAAUCAACAGGGUGCGGUUGCGUUGUCAUGUAAGACCGGCGCGCACAACGGGCAGCGAAUCUCCGUGACGCUUGUCGGGUCUCUCGCCUGCAUUCAUCACGCCUCGCGUACACCCCGCAGGCACUAAGAUCCUGUCGUCUAGUCCGCGACACCCGGACGCUCGUUCACCCCCCUCGCGCACCUACCCAUCCUCGCACAUACAUCUUAGCAUUACGUUGCGGUACAUACAUGACAUGGAACUUCUAUGCAUUCAUCUCCCGGCUCGCUCGUGACCCAUUGCUAUUCGUCGCUCUGUUUGGUUUCGUCCUCUCAUUUAAACUUCUA